ACUCUAGUGGCAAUCAUCUUCAACUCAGUCAGCGUAUCCCACGUGAGACAGCAUAGCCAAUGAAAAGAGAGGCUUUGUACCCGCCGCAAAGCUGAUCUGAGGAUGUAUUUGCACGAAAUAGCUCAACUUUGUCAAGCUUUGAGAGUGUCAAAUUCUUAGUAAUCAUAAAAAAUUUGAAAAAAUAUGAAAGUGCAAUAAUCCGUCGAUUAUAAGAACAACUGAAAUUAAAUUUCGGUUCAACAAAUUCGAAAUAUUGGGCUUUAAAGUAUGGUAUUAUUCCGUCGCCAUUUUGACUAAGUUUAGUUGUAAGUGCUGAUGGUUUGAUAGAAUUAUUUACCAAUUUCUUGGAGAUUUCUUAAGAUUUUGAAGACUUUUUCAUUUCGUGCAAUUUCGGAAAGUGUAAGGAUGACACAGCAAACAAAUACAACGAACUGGGUGAUACAAGGAUCGAAUGGGCAGCCUCAAAUGAUUAAAUUGAUGCAACCUACAGGAAAAACUUUUAAUGGCAUAAUGACUUCAGCAAUGACUGGGCAACCAGUGAAAAUUAUCAAGACAUCAGCUUCUGCUUCUGAUGAUUCUCAACAGAUUUAUGCUACCAGCCUCGCCUCUAAUCAAGUUUUAAGAACUAUAUCAACGCCUAAAAUAGUAACAAAAGCCAUUCCAAUUCAAGUUAACAAAGUGCCCACUUUAAAAACCAUAAAAUUAACCCCAUCACAAAUGCAAGGUAUCAAACUUGCGCCCCCUUUGAAUUCUACAAAAGUCCAGAUUUCUCAGCUCAACUCUACUUCGUCCUCGGUACCUGUUUUUACUUCUCAAACUUCGCCAAUAUCGAAAAACGUGACACCUCCAAUUUUAUCGAGGAAAAGACAAGAACACGUGGAAUUGGAAUACGCACCAGAAUCAAAACGUGGGCGAAAAUCGGAAAAAGUGGGUAAAGGUCUCCGUCACUUUUCUAUGAAAGUAUGCGAGAAGGUCAAGCAGAAAGGUACAACCACUUAUAACGAAGUAGCAGAUGAAUUGGUAACGGAAUUCACCAGUUCAACAAAUAACUCUUUGGCGGAUCAGUACGAUCAAAAAAACAUCAGAAGAAGAGUGUAUGAUGCUCUCAAUGUAUUAAUGGCCAUGAAUAUUAUUUCUAAAGAAAAGAAAGAAAUUAGGUGGAUAGGACUACCUACGAAUUCACUCCAGGAAUGCCAUCAGCUCGAACAAGAGAUGCAAAAUAAGUUAAGGACAAUAAUAGAAAAGGAGAGGCAAUUAAAUGAGCUGAUCCUCAAUCAAAUCGCUUUUAAGAAUUUGGCCCACCGUAACAGGGAAAAUGAAAAAUUAUACGGAAUGCCAUCUCCAAAUUCUUACAUCCAGCUGCCUUUUAUCGUUGUCAAUACUAAUAAGAAGACUGUUAUUAAUUGUAGUAUUUCUAAUGAUAAGAUGGAAUAUUUGUUUCAAUUCAAUAACAAAUUUGAAAUUAAUGAUGACAUGGAGAUUUUAAAAUCAAUUGGAAUGUUAUCAGGUUUAGAUACUGGUACCUGUACGCCUGAGAAUUUAGAGAAAAUCAAGACGUUAAUUCCACAAUCGUUAUGGCCAUAUUUGGAUAAAAUAGCUAAUGGACGACCACAUUCGUACGACAGUUUUCUUGAAGAAUCGAGUGCGGGAACUAGUUCGUUUUCUGUGCUCAAUCCAGACGAAUUAGUAGAGGCGCGAUUGGACGAAGAUAAUUCGCGUCAGUCGUCUAGUUUCGAUCCGUUAUCGCCCAGUCCGCAAGAUUAUUCUGAAGAAGAAGCCGAAUCGGACAUUUCUAGUGAUAAUGAUGUCCAUUAGUAUUUUUAUUGUUGCAUUGUACUCCGAUAUCGUGAGUGUGUAUUUUCGUACAAUUUUCAGAUAAUUCGGCGCGACGUCCAACUCGUUACAAAAUCGGUCUAUAAAAAAAAAUUAUUUUUUUAGAAAGUUCUCCACAAAUUAUUUUAAUUUUAUUAUUUUUUCUUUUGAAAAAAAUUUUCGAAUUUUUUAAGUCUCCGAAUUAUUUCUCUAAUUACAAUUGGUUUGUUAGUUGUAUGUCUAGAAUUGUCGCAUUUAUUAUUAUGUUUCGAAUCAGUACUUUUUGUGAUGUUGUAAACCUCAAACGGUAGAUAUUCGUUUGCAGAGCAUGUAGGUUUCACAAUCUUUGGUUACUUUCCGUCAGAGUAAAGGUUUUAUGAGUUAUUGCAUUGACUCUUAGUCUAAUUUGGCUGUCUGUAAUCGUUUAAAAACCAUUCCUGAAUUCAAUUUGUUCACACUUUUUCUAAUGAGUCUUUAUAUCCUAUGGGUUUCACAUAUCGAUCCCAAAUAUGUUUCUCAGAGGACAAAUCUUCACACCUACAAGUGGAAACCAGUAAUUUUCUUGAAUCUUUUUUCUACACGGUAAGGUUUUGGAUCGGUAAAAGGCUUUUUUAUUGUUCCGAAAUCAAAAAUACCUUAUUGUUUUAGGUCAUUAGGUUUUUCUAUGGCAUUCCUAAAUCAAUUUUAAUACCAAUGUCUAUGUUCGUCUAUUUGCGAUAGUCCAGUUUUUAAUUCUACCUAAAAAGGACUUGAAAAACUAGUGGGCAUUUUAUGCCGAUACUAGUUUCUGUCGUUGUUUUUUAAUCAUCUGUAUACCGUUUUAUGAUAUUUUCCUUUAUUUUCAUAAUUUUUCUUACUACUUAGCAUCAUAAACUCCAUAUUCAUGCUUAUUUUUUUCCAUCAUUUGCGUUUUAUCCUUUUUAUUUUGAAAAAAAAAUUACAUUUGUCAAAUUUGGAUUUUUGUACACCGAAAAUCAAUUUCAAAUGCCGAAUCUUUACAAAAAAAAAGACAAGUGAAAAAAUAACCUUUUUUACAUGAAAAUAUUGUAGCGAAAAUUAGCACCAAAAUAUAUUUUUGUCUAUUAGAUCGAGAAAACGAAAAAGUAAUAAAAUUUCCGAGUGAUAAAUAUCAAGUGCUUAAAAAAAGUUUGUAGAUAUUGAUUGGUUUUUUUUGUAAUGGACCAAAUUCCCAUUAUUAAAUAAUUUACUCACAAUCUAAAAUUUAUUUUACAGACCGAAUGAAAAGUAGAGUCGAUUUUUUAUUCAUGUAAUCAUAUAUUAACAACUACUAUUAAUUAAUUAUUCAAGCACUAAAUUCCAAUUCCCUUUGCUCAUUUCCUCCAUUUGCACAAGUUGAAAUUUCUGGAACUUUGAACUGAACACUAUUUUUUAUACUGACACUCACACUAUUUGGUCCUAUGAACUCUAUUAAGUCGCUGUUUCAUACUUGCCUCAAAGCAACAAACAGUAAAAAUGUGAACCGUCUUUCGGCUUUUUUGAAAUUCGCCCUGCAAAAUUAAAUAUUUACUGUGACCAUUUGGCAACACUACGCCUUGGUGAGUUAAUAUUAAGAUAUGUGGUUAAUCAAAGAAAUCACUCUUAAUAAAAAAGGCUUUGUUGCCUGUUAAUAAGAACAAUAAAAGAAACAUCUAUACAAUAGAAUUGGGGCUUAUGUUGGCACACGUCGUGCGCAUGUGAUCUUCCACACAUACAAGAGAUCAUGCGCGCUUUGUACAACGAUUCACAUUCGCACAUUUAUAAAAUUUAAUACAGAAAUACGAAUUAAGUUAAUCAUAUUUGGUUCACUGCUACCUGUAAAUCUAAAAUCAAAUUAGAACAACAAUUUAGUACAUCGAACGACUUAACCUUGUAAUGAACCGCAUGCGUAACGUUUUCUUUUUAGUAUAUAAUCGCACGGUAUACAUCAUUUAAGACUAGUAGUCAUGUUAAGUCUGCCACAUUAAAAAUCUAGUAGUUGAUAAUAUAUGAAUAACAAAACGAUAAAUAAUUCAUUAUGAAAUAAUCUAUACCCCGAAUUUUUUACUUUUACCCGAAUUUAUGUCACAUUUUUAAGUAUUACAAAUUUUUUAUAUAUAUAUUUUUCCCAUUCCCUGGAAUUUGUACAUAUUUUGGAAGAAACCGCGUGACAGAAAUGUUUGUUGUAAUUAUUUUUGUAUAUACAUAUUUUUUUUUUGAAUAAAAUCAGUUUUUUUGUUGGAUAUAGUAACAGUUAGGUUAUACAAUCUUUACAUUUAUGUUUGAUUUUUAAAUUUUUAUUGUUAAAAUUAAAAUUAGAUUAAGAACCUUUAUGUGUACAAACACACACACACACAAAUUGAUGAUUUUAUUCCGAAAUCAAUAAACUCAAAACAACGUUUACAAAA